AUGACUGAGCAAGUAAAUAUCGGUAUCAACGGUUUUGGCCGCAUUGGUCGCCUUGUGGCCCGCGCUGCCAUCGAAAAUCCCAAGACGAAGGUAGUGGCCAUUAAUGAUCCGUUCAUGGACCUAAAUUACAUGGCGUAUCUAUUCAAGUACGACUCAACCCACGGCAAAUUUGACGGCACAGUGGACGUGGAGGACGGCAACCUUGUCGUCAAUGGUGAGGUCAUUCACGUUUUCAAUGCACGCAAUCCGUCGGAAAUUCCAUGGGGCAAAGCUGGUGCCACGUACGUGUGCGAGUCAACGGGUGUGUUUACAACGACGGAGAAGGCUCAGUCCCAUAUUGAUGGAGGAUGCAAGAAGGUGGUAAUCUCUGCACCGCCUAAGGACGGCACUCCUAUGUACGUUAUGGGUGUGAACCACAAGGACUACGACGGUUCGGCACAUGUUGUGUCAAACGCGUCAUGCACGACGAACUGCCUGGCACCACUGGCUAAAGUGAUUAAUGACAACUUUGGCAUUGUGGAGGGUCUGAUGACAACAGUGCAUUCGACAACAUCGACGCAAUUGCCUGUGGACGGCCCUGCAAAGGGUGGCAAAGACUGGCGAGGCGGACGUGGCUGUGGCCAGAACAUUAUUCCAUCAUCAACAGGCGCAGCCAUGGCGGUCGGCAAAGUGCUGCCAGCACUAAACGGUAAGCUGACGGGUAUGGCGUUCCGUGUGCCGACACCGGAUGUAUCUGUGGUGGAUUUGACGUGUCGCUUAGAGAAGGCCGCGUCGAUGGAUGCGAUCAAGGCUGCUGUAAAGGCCGCGUCGGAGGGUGAGCUUGCUGGCAUCCUUGGUUACACAGAAGACCAAGUGGUGUCCAACGAUUUUGUGCAUGACAAGCACUCGAGCACGUUUGAUGCGGACGCGUGCAUUGCGUUGAAUGACAAGUUUGUGAAGCUUGUGGCGUGGUACGACAACGAGUGGGGCUAUUCUAACCGUCUGGUGGAUUUGAUGCUGCACAUGGCCACCGUCGACAAGUAA